UCUGCAUCCAUUUCCCGAAUGUGACCAACUUCGUUGGUUUUCACUUUCCGCCACUUUUGUUUCUCCUUCGAAUGGGCACUGCACUGAACCUCUGUGUUAGUUUCAAUCCUGCUCAAGGUAAAAAAUGCAAGUUCGAAGGUCAAUCAGUGAGAGCACUUCCUAUACGAAUAUUAUCAGUGGGGAAGAAGCGAUCACGUGGACUACAACUCAUGGUUGAUGAGUAUGUUGAUAAGCUCAGGUACUAUUGCAGUGUUGAGGAUGUUCAAGUAAGGCCAAAUCCUCGAAAUGCACGUGACCAAAAGGCUCAGGUUGAUGCUGAAGACGAGGCGGUGAUGAACCUUAUAAGGUCUGAUGAUUGGGUUGUGAUGUUGGAUGAACGUGGGCAAGACAUAGGAUCUGAGCAAAUGGCAGAGUUGGUGGGUGAUGCAGGAAAUACUGGUGCUUCACGAUUAUCCUUUUUAAUCGGUGGACCAUAUGGUCAUGGAAGAAAAAUGCGGGAACGGGCUAACUUAUCAAUCAAGUUAUCUUCACUGGUCUUAAAUCAUCAAAUAGCAUUACUUGUGCUCAUGGAACAGCUUUACAGGUCAUGGACAAUUUUAAAAGGACAAAAGUACCAUCAUUAGAUAAUAGAUAUCCUAUGUUAUUUUGUUUAUCUAUAUGUCUUUUAUGAUCAUUCAGCUUUCCUCUAAACCUUUUAUCUCUUGUCUUCUAUUUAACAGAAUUUCCAUCUUUUGAAUUUAUGGGUGAGUUGUCGUGUUAUGUAUAGUCCAAUUUGAUUAAUUGAGUGUACAUAUGAAGUGACGUAACAAAUAAUUAUGAAAUGCUCGCUCGUAUA